AUGGCGGGUCCAAGAGACACUGAAUCGAUGCAACUGGAGACCGUGGCCAACGGCUACGACACUGGCGUGCUCACAAUGCCGUCGGAGGAGUUCGCCAGCUUGCACCUGCAGCCCCUGCAGGACGACACGUGGAUCCGUCAUGCGCCGAUUGUUCACAUGGACAACUUUGUGCAGACCGCGGCUGGGGAGCGCGUUAAGCAGGAGAUUCUAAAGGAUUAUACGGAGGCGAAGGAGCGCCUCGGCACCAAUCGCCCCGAUCCCAUUCUGGAGGGUAUGAUGUACCAGGAGCAGUUUAUGGAGGCCUACCGCAAGGAUGCUCACACUGUGGACGCCGACAAGGCGCACUCCUACCGCCGCCAGCUGUUGGAAAACCAUCGACGCGCACGCACCAUCAAAAAUGCGGAGCCCUAA